AUGCUUCAAGCCCCUCAACAGCACCAACAGCAGCAGCAGCAGCAGCAACAACAGCAGCAGCCUCCACUGCACCAGCAGCGGCGGCAGCAGCAGCAGCAGGGACAGCAGCAGCAGCAGCAGCAGCAGCAGCAGCAAAGUGGUUUGUUUACCUCGCAGCAAGUGGAGUAUCUUCAAGACAGCAUUUUGGCGCUGCAGCAGGAAGCAGCAGCAGCACCAACUGCAGCAGCAGCAGCAGCAGCAAGAGGAAAGGCAGCUGUGCUGCUGCUGGGGGCCUCAGCAAGGCGGCUAGCAGCAGUUGCUCCCCGUCUAUCUGCCGCUUAUUCGCGGCGAGCAGAUGAAAUCGCCCAGUACUACGGCAUAGUACUGCGGCGGAGCCGACAGCAGCUGCUGCAGCAGCAGCAGCAGCAGCAGCAGCAGCAAUCUGCUGCUGCUGUGGGUCGAGCUAGUGUACUUGCUGCUGAGGAUUUGUCUUCUUUUUCUGCUUCUUCUUCUUUGGUUUCUGUUUGCCGCCUGUGUGGGCAUCAGCAGCGGAGUGUGAUCGGCCCUUUGAGGCGCAGGAGACGCAGCCGGCAGCAGCAGCAGCAGCAGCAGCAGCAACAGCUGCUGCUGAUGCCGCAGCAGCAACUGCAGCAGCAGCAGCAGCAGCAACUGCAGCAGCUGCUGCUGCUGGAGGCGGAAGCACCUGCAAGGGGCUCUGCCUUCAACAGACAGAAGAGGCAGCACAAACAAGCGCAGGCGCGGUAUGUUUAUGAACAGCAGCAGCAGCAGCAGCAGCAGCAGCAGCAGCAGCAGCAGCAGCAGCAACAGCAACAGCAGCUGCAGCAGCAGCAGCAACAGCAACAGCAGCUGCAGCAGCAGCAGCAACAGCAACAGCAGCUGCAGCAACAGCAGCUGCAGCAGCAGCAGCAGCAGUCUCAUCCAACGGAGGACCAGUGCAAGCAGCAGCAGCCACAGCAGCAACAGCAUCUGCUGCUGCCACCGCAACAGCUGCACAGCUCGCAGCAGCAGCAGACCCAUGAGCACGACAACCAGCAGCAGCAAGAGCAGCAGCAGCAGCAGCGGCAGCCACAGCAGCAGCAGCUGCAACAGCAGCAGGAAAAGCAACCACAGCAGCAGCAGCUACAGCAGCAGCAGCUACAGCAGCAGCAGCUACAGCAGCAGCAGCUACAGCAGCAGCAGCCACAGCAGCAACAACAACAACAGGGGCAACAGAGGGAGCAGCAGCAGCAACACCAGCAGCAACAGCAGCAGCGGCCGGAGCAGCAACUGGGGCAGCAUCAGCCACCACAGCUGCAGCAGCAGCAAAAGAAACAGGAAGAGGAGCAGCAGCAACAUCAACUGCAGCAGCAGCAGCAGCAGCAGCAGCAGCAACCGCAACCGGAGCAUCAGCCCGAGCAGCGUCAGCCGCCAGCGCAGCAGCAACAGCAGCAAAAACAACAGGAGGAGGGGCAGCAGCAGCAGCAGCAGCAGCAGCAGCAGCAACGGACGCCGCCUGUGUUGUCUGCCCCUUCGGCCCAAGCUGACGGACCUCGGGGUUUUGCUGCUGAUCCUUUAAAACUGAAUUCUGCUGCUGCAUCUGGUGCUGCUGCUGCUGCUGCAUCUGCUGCCCCUUGUAGCAAGAGCAGCAGCUGCAACAGCAGCAACAGCAACAGCAACAGCAGCAGCAGCAGCAGCAGCAGCAGUUUGACUCUGCAGCCUUCUGGGGUUCUGCACGGGGGGCCCAAGGACCGGCCUCCCUCUUCAGGGGACGAGACGAACCCGAUGCUGCUGGGUGCUGCUGCCAGCAGCAGCAGCAGCAGCAACAACAACAAUACGGAGCAGCAGCAGCAGCAGCAGCAGCAGCAGCAGCAACAGAAGCAGAAACCGAGUGUCUAUGCACUUCUCGCUGAUCUUGAUUUCUGA